AAAUGUUUACUUGUCGCCCAAUUUCCCCUUCUCUGUUUCUACUCAUGAUCUGCUUUUCUGCCACGGCCGCCGCAGCCACGACGACGACUACAUUUACCACCGAACCAUUAAACCUCGAAAACUUCAUGUUUUUAGAAGAUGCCCAUAUCUUCAACGACACUACUACUAUUACUGUUAGACUCACUCGGGACCUCCUCGUCCCAAACUCUGGUGCCGGCAUGUUGUUAUACAAAUACCCCAUCCCAUUCCGUCAGCCCGGUAACCCGAAUCCCACCAGCUUUAAAGCUCACUUAACCUUCUCUGUUAAAGAUUUGAACCCCAACUCCAUUGGAGGUGGUUUGGCUUUAGCCAUCUCGCCCGGAAAUGGAAAUAUCGGUGCCGGCGGUAAGUUUCUUGGCAUCCCCAAGGGGGCAGUUUCCAUUGAGUUUGAUACCGCCAAGGAUACUGAGCUUCAUGAUGUUAAUGGGAACCAUGUUGGUCUUAAUAUCAACUCUGUGGUUUCAUUGUGUGUUGCUGAUUUGGAUUCGGUCAACAUUAGUCUGAAAAGUGGGAAGCUGAUCCACGUAUGGGUCGACUAUUCCGGGCCUGGUCACCAACUCAAAGUAUUUGUCUCAUAUGUCAACAUACAACCGGUAUCACCUGUCUUAGAGGCCAUCAUUGAUCUCUAUCAAUACGUGGAAGACUCGAUGUUUGUGGGGAUUUCAGCUUCAACACAGGCAAGUACAGAGGUCCACUCGCUAGAACAUUUCAGUUUUAGUUCCUGUUUUGAUGAAGAUCCGAAUACCAACAGCGGCGGUUUUAAUGCACCACCACCACCACCAAUGGCUACCGUCUCAUCACCUGCUCCAGACACUACUAGGAAGACUAGAAAAAGCCGCCGUAAAAUUAAUAAGAUUUGGUUAGGGAUAAUACUCCCGGUUGUGGGUGCGGUACUAGGAAUAAUGCUGACCGGGGGAAUUAGCAUCUAUUUUAUCUGUAAAUGUUAUUGUUGUUCAGAUAGGAACAAUGAAAAUGCUACGCAUCUGAUUACUCCUUGAGACUAGCUAUGUGGUAUGAGGACUUUUCUAGCAAGGCGUUUUACGGCAUGCAUCUUGGAUAUGAUGAUGUGUAGUAUUUUUGGUCUUUUUUAAUUAGGCGUUUUAGGGCAUCUUGGAUGCUAUGUAUAAAAGACUACUAUCUAUGUGGUAUUUUAGGCUUUUUCUAGUCGUUUCAGGGACCUUUAUCUUUCGUCGUUUAUA